GCGGAUCUCAAAUGUAGUUCAAAUCCAGUUAAUAGAUCUUUGUAAAAAGAAGAGUCCCUAAAACCCUAUAAAUUCUCCCCGACUCUUUUACUCUUUUUGUUGUGACGCUGCGUUCCAGCUCUUAUCCAUAACCGUCCGAUCAACAGUCUCAACGGCCUCACAUAUCCAAUGGCUCCAAUUGCAGUCGGUGAUGUGCUACCGGACGGUUCUCUCUCCUACUUCGAUGCAGAGGAUAAGCUCCAGAAGGUGUCCGUACACUCCAUCGCCGCCGGUAAAAAGGUCAUCCUUUUUGGCGUUCCCGGUGCCUUUACCCCUACUUGCAGCUUGAAACAUGUGCCUGGGUUCAUCGAGAAAGCGGAAGAGCUUAAAUCCAAGGGUGUUGAUGAGAUCAUUUGCAUUAGCGUGAAUGACCCCUUUGUCAUGAAGGCGUGGGCCAAAACUUACCCUGAGAACAAGGAUGUCAAGUUUCUGGCUGAUGGUUCAGCAACUUACACGCAUGCGCUUGGCCUUGAGCUUGACCUUGGUGAGAAAGGGCUUGGCACUCGUUCUAGGAGGUUUGCUCUGCUGGUCGAGGACCUCAACGUGAAGGCUGCAAACAUCGAAUCUGGAGGAGAAUUUACCAUCUCCAGUGCUGAUGACAUCGUUAAAGCUCUUUAGGGUUGCUUUGUCCACAGAGGUGUCUUGUCUUGCCAUGGAAUUCCUAGCCAUCUUCGUAAACUAUCUUUGUUUAUACUAGUGGCUACUAAUAUGGAUUGUUUUAUGUAGCACUUGAUGGUUAUGGUAAUAACAGAUACCUUUCUUCAGUUUCUUUCAA